GAGUUUUCUUUAGAGUUUUCCCCCCGCCUCCCAGCCGCAAGAGUGAGCGAGAGGGCGAGUGUUCGUGAGUGCGUUCGUGAGUUUCGUUCAAUUGUUCGUGUCGUAACGUGUCGUGUCGUGUCGAUGACAUUUUCCCAAAAAAAGCGAGAUUCUGUUUGGUAACGGAAAUCGCCGGAGUGCUAAUUAAAUUUGCAUCUGCCCUGGGUGGCAGUUAAAUUUUUUAGUCAUAGAGAUUAGUAAAAUAAGUGUAAUUAAAUCGGUAAAGAAGAAAAACUCUGCCAUAAAUCGUAGCCAAACUAGUCUGCUGUGUUAUUUUCCACAUGGCCCUGCAUAAAUCAUCAAGACGAAAUGCAAUAAAUCAGCUAGUUCAGGUUAAAUAUUUAAUUUCACACACCGAAUGAUAUAAGUGGCAAUAAAAUUUCCGUGCGAAUUUGUGCGCUGUCUGCGAAUCCAUGUGCAUAAAUAAAUGAGGCUGUGACCAGCCAGUUGACCCGUGAGCCGUUAUUUAUCGUGGCAUCCACCUGAGGACAACCGACCAACCCGAAAGUUCUCGCCUCGAAUUUAUUGCCAAUGCCGCGCUCGCGCAAUCCGCAGUCCUUUGGGCCUCAUUCUGGGCCAGCGAAAAGAAGCAGAGCCUCAAUAAAAAUCCUCAGACAAGGCACAAAAUCAUAAACCCCAUAGAAACCCCCGUACUACCUAAACCCAAAUUUCAUUGGGACCGGAAAAAUGCCAAAGCACGAACGGAGAAAACAAUAAAUAUCAACUGGAGGAGUCCAAGAAAAGCAGCUUUAAAUAUAUAUACAUACACACACGAUAUCAACCAGCAACUGACCAAAUACACUUAAUAACUAACUAAUAAAUAAACAAAUACCUAAUCCAACUGAGCGGACCAAAACGCGGAAACUAAAUUUAAGCUGCAAAAAAUAUCAAUGUGAGACUUGUGCUUGUAAUACAAAUCGAAGACCAAGCAGUAUCGGUUAUACGGAUUUAAUUUAGGAACAUUUAUUAUUAGCCUAGCACUUAAGUGUACAUAUGACCAGAAUGGAAUACAAACUUGGUAAAAGCUUUAAACUAGACAACUAAGAACGGAGAGGGGCAAAACCAAACUCGAAUUUUGCUGUCAAUUCUCGUGUGUAAAGUGUAACUGAACGUGUAAACUGUAGACUGUGCUAUAAACAUAUUCAACCUAUUUAUAAAAACACUAACUUACCAUAUACAAUAUAUAUAUAUAUCGUAUUUUUGUCGUGCAAAAAGCAUUUAGACCGGGCAGAAAAAAAAACAAAGACCGCUUUCAGGUAACUAACAAACACAUUAAACAAUCUUUUCUGGGAGCUUUCAUUGCUGUGCUUUGGUAGAUCUGUCUAUAAGUGUUCCUUAUGCAUUUAUGUGGCCGUAACUGUGUGUGUGUGUAUCUGUGCCCUUGCCUGUGUAUCUAUGAGUUCCUAGCACGAUAUAGCCAUCCUGCGAGAGUCCUUCUGCAAGAUGAGCAACGUCGACUUUGAGCAGAACACGCCGAGUGGCAGUGGCAACGAUAACAAUGAUAACAACAAUAAUAAUAACCCCAACUGCAGCCGUUUAGCCAGCAUUCGUAACUACAAGUUAGCUAAUUGGUUUCCACAACGCGCCGAGGAAAACAAGCGCAAGAAGCGCGUGGAGCAGCAGCGCCAGCAGCGGCAGCGGAGGGGGGCCAAGGUCUUCAAGUGUGUCAGCGACUCCACCGGCCACCUGACCCUGGCCCCCUCGCGCCUCUUCGAGCGCACGCCCAUGAGUCCGUCGGACAGUCUGGACGAGAUCGCGCUGCAGAUCCCCAGAGUUCGUGUGGAGUACUAUGUGAACGAAAACACAUUUAAAGAAAGACUGCAACUCUAUUUCAUUAAGAAUCAGCGUUCAAGCCUGCGCAUACGAAUCGCCGAUUUAUUCUUUAAGUUACUGUCGUGUGUUCUCUACAUAAUACGUGUGAUAUUGGAUAAAAAUCCAACAUUUAUAACAUGCCAUGGCUGCGAAGUGGGCAACAAGACGGAGUUCAUCAUCUCGGCCAAACUGACGGAGGAGGAGUUCCAGGAGAACCCCAUCAUCAACUGGGACGCCAUACUCUGGGUGAAUCGGCCAACAGUGCUCUGGGUCCUCCAGCUACUUCUGGCCAUGGUGUCGCUAACGCAAUCCUUGGUUCUCACAUAUCUAGGCUAUAAGGGCAACAUCUGGCAACAGAUACUCUCAUUUCACUUUAUACUAGAAUUAGUAACGACAAUACCCUUUGCACUUACGAUUGUUCAUCCUCCGCUGCGGAAUCUGUUCAUUCCCAUUUUCCUCAACUGCUGGCUGGCCAAGCGAUCGCUGGAGAAUAUGUUUAAUGACCUCCAUCGUGCCAUGCAAAAGUCUCAGUCGGCGCUUUCCCAGCAGUUGACCAUUCUAUCAGCCACUUUGCUGUGUUUAGUCUUUACAAGCGUUUGUGGCAUCCAGCACUUUCAGCGCGCUGGUCAUCGACAUUUGAAUCUCUUUCAGAGCACCUACUAUGUGGUUGUGACCUUCUCCACAGUGGGAUAUGGUGACUUUGUGCCGGACAUUUGGCCCUCGCAGCUCUAUAUGGUCAUCAUGAUUUGUGUCGCCCUCAUUGUGCUUCCCACGCAGUUUGAACAGCUGGCCUUCACGUGGAUGGAGCGCCAAAAGCUGGGCGGCAGCUACAGUUCCCAUCGUGCCCAAAGUGAGAAGCACGUGGUGGUGUGUUCCACCACCCUGCACGCAGAUACCAUCAUGGACUUCCUCAACGAGUUCUACGCCCAUCCACUUCUGCAGGACUUCUAUGUGGUACUCCUCAGUCCCAUGGAGCUGGACACCACGAUGCGGAUGAUCCUGCAGGUACCCAUUUGGGCGCAGCGAGUCAUCUACAUUCAGGGAUCCUGCCUGAAGGAUGGCGACUUGGCACGCGCCAGGAUGAAUGAGGCGGAGGCGUGUUUUAUCCUGGCGGCCAGAAACUAUGCGGAUAAGACAGCUGCCGACGAGCACACCAUCCUGCGAUCCUGGGCUGUCAAGGAUUUUGCACCGAAUGUACCGCAGUAUGUGCAGAUUUUCAGGCCCGAGCACAAGCUGCAUGUGAAGUUCGCGGAGCACGUGGUCUGCGAGGACGAGUUCAAGUACGCCCUUUUGGCCAACAACUGCACCUGUCCCGGCGCCAGCACCCUGGUCACCCUGCUGCUCCACACAUCCCGCGGACAGGAGGGCCAGCAGAGUCCAGAGGAAUGGCACCGACUGUAUGGCAAGUGUUCCGGAAACGAGAUCUACCACAUUGUCCUGGGCGACAGUCGAUUCUUCGGGGAGUACGAGGGCAAGAGCUUCACCUACGCCAGUUUCCAUUCGCACCGCAAAUAUGGAGUGGCUUUGGUGGGCGUUCGACCGGCGGAGCUGCCCGAAUUCUACGAGGAGACCAUCCUGCUGAAUCCCGGACCCAGGCACAUUAUGAAAAAGGAUGACACGUGCUAUUACAUGAGCAUCACCAAGGAGGAGAAUUCCGCCUUUGUCGUUAAUCAAAAUCAAACAUCGGACCCAACGGCGGGGGCGAAAGAGGGGGGCGGGGCCGGGGGAGGUCCCUCCUCUUCUGCCUCCCCCCACCCCGCGGCAGCAACUGCCAAUCCAACUACAACAACAACAAUAACAACAACAACAGUACAAGCAACAACAACAACAACAAUUAGCACAACCUUCACAUCAUCAACAUUACUAUCAGCAUCAACAACAACAGCAACAAUAAAUGCAACCUCAACCGCCGCAGCCGCACCACCACCAGUGCCGUCUGUUUGUGUGCGUGUGCCCCACAGUCCCAGUUACGAUAGUGGUGGUGGCACCACUAAUACCGGCACCACCCACUUGCAACCGUAUCCGUAUCCGCAAUCGUAUCCGCAAACGUAUCCGCAAUCGCAUCCGCCAAUGCAAACACCAGACAGUGGCGAGUUUGCAUCACUAUUUGUGCCCAGCGAUAAUCCGACGGCUGUGAUAAUCUCGGACUCCAGGCAGAACCUCAAGGACACGACGGUGACCCAGACGGCGGCGACGAUAACCACAACGACCUUGCCGCCUCCUCACCAAACCAUGGGAUCCCCAAGCAUGGCGGGGGGAUCUGGAGGUGGUGGAGGAGGGGGCCUGGGUUUGGGCAGUGCCCACAGCAUGGGCACCUCGCUCAGCAUCACCCCAGCCGCACUGACCACCACGGGCAACCACCUGGACGUGCCCUUCGCCAACAAUCCCAACCUGCUCAGUCCGGAUGUGCUCAACCAGCGGAGGGGUAGUAGACGUCCCUCGAUCCUGCCCGUGCCCGAUAUGUUCACCUCCUCCUCGUUCAGCAUCGCCGGCAAUGACGACGGCGAGGAGGGGGACGAGAGUGACGAUGAGAUCGACGACGAGAUGCCCUGGCGAUCGCCCUCCGAGAAGAUUGCCAUUGUCAAGGGUUUUCCGCCCGUGUCACCCUUCAUUGGCGUGAGUCCCACGCUCUGCUACCUGCUCAAAGAGAAGAAGCCCCUCUGCUGUCUGCAGCUGGCUCAGGUCUGCGAGCACUGCAGCUAUCGAAAUGCCAAGGAGUACCAGUGGCAGAACAAGACGAUCAUUCUGGCAGCGGACUAUGCCUCCAAUGGCAUAUACAAUUUCAUCAUUCCACUGAGAGCCCACUUCCGAUCGAAGACCUCAUUGAAUCCUAUUAUACUGCUGCUGGAGAGGCGACCGGAUGUGGCCUUUCUGGAUGCUCUCUCCUACUUUCCUUUGGUCUACUGGAUGCUGGGUUCCAUCGACUGCCUGGAUGAUCUUCUAAGGGCCGGCAUCACCUUGGCCGAGAGUGUGGUGGUGGUCAACAAGGAACUCUCCAAUUCCGCCGAGGAGGACUCCCUCUCGGACUGCAACACCAUUGUGGCUGUGCAGAAUAUGUUCAAAUUCUUUCCCAGCAUCAAGAGCAUCACCGAGCUGUCGCAGAGUUCUAAUAUGAGGUUUAUGCAGUUCCGGGCCCACGACAAGUACGCCCUUCAUCUCAGCAAAAUGGAGAAGCGCGAGAAGGAGCGCGGGUCGCACAUCUCCUACAUGUUCCGGCUGCCCUUCGCCGCGGGGGCGGUGUUCAGUGCCUCCAUGUUGGACACCCUACUGUACCAGGCCUUUGUGAAGGACUAUGUGAUUACCUUUGUGCGCCUGCUGCUGGGCAUUGACCAGGCCCCGGGCAGUGGGUUCCUCACCUCGAUGCGCAUCACCAAGGACGACAUGUGGAUACGCACCUAUGGGCGGCUGUACCAGAAGCUCUGCUCCACCACCUGCGAAAUACCCAUUGGCAUUUACCGCACGCAGGACACCUCGAAUGCGGACACCUCUCAUGUGAGUAACUCGCCGGUCGAGAGAUGGGGACCCUUCUCGGCCUUCAGCAGACAUUGUGUGCGCUUGCGUCCAUCGUACGACGAGGAGACCGGCACGCCCGACUCGACGAAGGACUCGACGGAAAUGCUGCGCGGGGUCACCUACCGACCGCCGGGGUCGGCAACAGGUGGCGCCAGCAGCUUCCGGCCUCAGCCGCAGCGCCAGCGGUCGGUCAACUGCCUGGGCGGUUGCUCGGAGCGCAAGGGAUCAUCCUAUUCCAUCAACCUGGCUGACGAGGCGAGGGACAACCAUGCUCAGCAGAUCGAGCGAGCCGAGAUUGCCAACCUGGUUAGAAGUCGGAUGGAGUCCCUGAAUCUGCCCACAAUCGACUAUGAUGAUGUUAGCGAGAAGCGCAACCACCUGUCCUAUGUGAUAAUCAACCCGAGCUGUGAUCUCAAACUGGAGGAGGGCGAUCUCAUAUACUUGGUAAGGCCGUCGCCGUUCUCGGCCCAAAAGACCUUCGAGCGACACAACUCGCGCCGCAAGUCGAACAUCUCGUUCUGCUCGAACAUCAACCUGGGCGCCACCUGCGGCCCCCAGAUGCCGCAGAUGAACAUGAACAUGGCCAACACCGCCGUCGGGGCUGGAUCGCGUCGAGGAUCGGGCAUCGCCGGCUUGAACCCCAUGCAAAUGCAGAGCGUUCAGACCUUGGCCGGGUAUGGAUCAUCCUCGCAGCGCUGUAGCCCCCCGAUGCAGCAAAUUAAAUCGAAUUCUCUUUCUCUACCCGACAGUCCGACGGUGGUUGGCAAUCAGCGAGGACGGAGUAACUCAUUGCGGAUCGACAACGAUAUCCUGCUCCGUCGAUCCUCGUCCCUGCGACAGGGCCUUCCCAGCGUGGGCGUCAGCCACGGCCGGAGAAAGUCGUCGCUGGAGGAGAUCGGCAUAAGUCACUUCACCACCCUCAUGCAGGCAACGAACCACAGCAACCCCAUCAAGAUAUCCCUUAACGGCAGCAUCGGCAUGGAGAAUCAAAUCUCCUUGCAGGUAACACCACCCGAGGAGCCCACACCCAUGUUGGGUGUGCCCUGUGUGCUGGGCGGUGGCGGUGGAGGUGGCAUCAACCCAUCCGGAGCAGGUUCCUCCACCGGCGGCAUGCUGGGCGGCGGCUCCUCGCUGGCCAUCAAUACCGCUGACCUGGGACCCGGACCCAGUACCUCCUCGGGAGCCGGUGGUUCGCUGCAGCCUCAGGAUUCGCUGGGACAGCAGUCGUCGCAAGUGUCAUCGCCACAGCAUCUGCAGGGAACGAUCGUAUGAUACAACCUGAUGUGGGGGCGCCGACUCCGCUCCUCCAUGUCGAAAAACAAAUGGAUAUAGAACACGGCCAGCACACACAGACACACCCGUAGAGAUAAGUUCUAGGCAGAGCGAAAGUAUUAGGAACCCAACCAAAUAAACCCACCCACCCCAAAAAAUUAAGGCUGUCUGUGGUGUGUGCGCUCCCGAUGAAUCCAUUUUGAGUCCCCUUAAGUUAGUUUCGUACGUUCAAUAGAUCAGUUCAUCCCUAGGAAGUAACCAAUAGAUAUUGUAUAUUGCAUGUUUUGCAAUUAGUUGUAAGCUAUGAAUAUGUCGGCUUGGCACAAAGGAAGCUGCGUCAAAUUGUGUUUUGGGAACAACAAAUGUAGUUAAACUAUUGGAUAGGUGGGACGAUGAAUUAGCAAACUGUAUAACUGUAUAUAUCUGAUGCCUAGUUCUAAGCAUAUCCGAGGAGCCAGACGUAGCAAACUAUCAAAUAGAUCGGGCUUAGGCGCUAAAAUCCAUGUAUAUACCUUAGGUAUGACCAUUUUGUUGGGCUUCAGCUCGGUUAAGCUUCCCCUUCCUUCGGGAGGAACUUCCUCUGACCCACGUAAACCCCAUAUAGAUACAUAUAUGAAGGUGCUAUCGAUGUCUUGUACUAUACACACAAUUAUAGGAAAGGAAGAUGGAGAAAAAUAAACCAAGAAAGUGAAAAGGUUUUCAUAACAUAAAUUGGAACGGGCUUUGGUAUACUCUAAUGCUUUACAAAAAACCAACAGAAAUAUGUAUACAUAUAUUAAAAUAAAUCAAAGAAUUUGUAUAUAAACUAUGUAUAUGUAAGAACCAAAAAUGCAUUCAAGAAAAACAAAACGAAAAACAAACUACUAGAAUUUAAUGAAAAACUUAAUUCGAAAAACAACAGAAUCUAGAAAUAGAGCUAGAGUUUAGAGUUAACUACUUAAGGCUAGUUUGGGCCGCGGAUGGAGUAUCGGCAACUGUACCAAAUUCUACGAGCUAUAUGAACCAGCGUUCGCAGCUAACACAACCCAGUAGCAUAGUGUCAGGCAACGCAACCCACGUCCCUCUAACUCAAUUCGAUCCCAGCUAUAGGCUCUUUAGGUAGUAGCUAAAGCAAACAAUGUACCUACACAACCACAUACCACACAAACAUCCACACUCACUUAAUAAUGUUAGUUAAAGCACCUAUGGCAGUUUUAUAAGGAAAUUUUAUUCAACGAUGACGAUGCAAUGCAUUCCAGUGUCUCGAGAGAAUACCUAGUUAAGCUUAUGCCCAGCACCCUGAGAAACCUAUUUAUAUAGAUCUGUAUACUUCUGUAUCCGUAUAUCUGCAACCACAUAAGCCACAUAGAUCGAAUCGAUGUCUCAAUGUACAAAAGUAGUUAAAUAAACCGCAUAAGGCAUUGGCUGCAGCAUUAGAGAUACGUUUAGUGCGGACUAGGGUAUAAACUUGCUGUAAUAUUUAUCGGCGCCAUGCUCUUUAAGGCAUGCCGAACAGAACUCACAAUAAACUCAAACUAUAGUUGGAAAUAAA